GAAGAUGGCGGCGGUGGUACAGAAUGUGGUGAAGCUCCUCGGAGAACAGUACUACAGGGAUGCCAUGGAGCAGUGCCACAACUACAACGCCCGGCUGUGUGCCGAGAGGAGCGUCCGCCUUCCUUUCCUCGACUCCCAGACCGGGGUGGCCCAAAGCAACUGCUACAUCUGGAUGGAGAAACGUCACCGAGGGCCAGGUUUAGCCGCUGGGCAGCUUUACUCCUACCCCGCGCGCCGCUGGCGAAAGAAACGCCGUGCUCAUCCUCCGGAGGACCCGAGGCUUUCCUUCCCUUCUAUCAAACCAGACACCGAUCAGACCCUGAAGAAGGAAGGGCUGAUCUCGCAGGAUGGCAGCAGCCUGGAAGCCCUGUUGAGGACCGACCCCUUGGAGAAACGUGCCCUCCCGGACCCCCGCAUCGACGACGACAGCCUGGGCGAGUUCCCCGUCACCAACAGCCGUGCGCGGAAGCGGAUUCUUGAGCCGGAUGACUUCUUGGAUGAUUUGGACGAUGAAGACUACGAAGAAGAUACGCCAAAGCGGAGAGGGAAGGGGAAAGCCAAGGGCAAGGGUGUCGGAGGGGCUCGCAAGAAGCUGGACGCGGCUAUAUUAGAAGACCGGGAUAAACCCUACGCUUGCGACAUCUGCGGGAAGCGAUACAAGAAUCGGCCGGGAUUGAGCUACCACUAUGCUCACUCCCACCUGGCCGAGGAAGAAGGCGACGACAAGGACGAUUCGCAGCCCCCCACUCCCGUCUCGCAGCGAUCGGAGGAACAGAAAUCCAAGAAAGGACCCGACGGUUUAGCUUUGCCCAACAACUACUGCGAUUUCUCUGGGGACUCCAAAAUCAACAAGAAGACGGGGCAACCGGAGGAGCUGGUCUCGUGCUCCGACUGCGGGCGAUCAGGGCACCCCUCCUGCCUGCAGUUCACCCCGGUGAUGAUGGCGGCCGUCAAGACGUACCGCUGGCAGUGCAUCGAGUGCAAGUGCUGCAAUAUCUGCGGCACCUCCGAGAAUGACGACCAGCUCCUCUUCUGCGACGACUGCGACCGCGGUUACCACAUGUACUGUCUCACCCCCCCCAUGUCGGAGCCGCCCGAAGGGAGCUGGAGCUGCCACUUGUGUCUGGACCUGCUGAAGGAAAAAGCCUCCAUCUACCAGAACCAGAACAACUCCUGAUCCCGCUCCGCCGACGGGACGGGCUCCCCGCUGCCCUCGUUCCACGCGUUCUCCCCUUUUUUUAGGGACACACACACACACAAAACACUUCUUUUUCUUCAUUUUUUCUUUUUUUUUAAACCUUUCCCCUGUUUUUCCGUUGUUUUUUGUUGUUUUUUUUAACUUGGAGAGGAGGCGUCGGGGUUUAUUUUACUCAUUUUUUGCCGCCCGAGGGUUUAUUUCUCGCCUCCCCCGCAGCGAGAUGGGGCAAAUCCCCCCCCAACCCACGAGGACGGGGUGACUCUGCCGUGUCCCCACCCUGCAGAGUGGCUUUUGGGGUCCCCUGGGGAACCCCCUCCCUACUGAGGAGGAGGGGGGACGGGAACGACACACAUGGAUGGGACAGGGCUGCCCUUCCCAUCCCCGUUUCCCGGGUUUCCACCCAAAACGAAGCGCCCCGAUCCGGCAUCGCGGCGUGCCAAAAAACUCGCUUUUCCCCCGCCCCUUUUCUUGGGAAAAUUCGGCCCCCUUACGCCAACCGGGGUCGCGUUUUUGAGGCUUUUUUGUUAAUUCCUUGAUUUUCGUGGGGGAGAUUUUUUUCGUUCCGGUUUUACCUUUAUUUCCUUUUUUCCUCCCCUUUUUUAUCAGUUCUUUUCGCCCCGCCUCGGAGGAUGCUCCCCACAACCCGGCCGAUCCCCCCCCUCCCUGCCCAGACGAGGCCUUACACCCCGACAUCCUCCUCCGGCUGGCACGAAACGGGGCAAAAUCCCUUCAUUUUGGGGUUUUUUUUUUUUUUUCCCCCCACCUUCUCCUCCAGCUGGCGCAAAAACGGGGCAAAACCCCUCGAUUUUGGGGGGUUUUCCCUUGCUCCCGCCCGGCGCAGAGGGAGAAACGCUUCGCCCCGUCCCCCCCCCCAACCCGUUACGGUCGCACAGGGUUUGUUUUGGGGUUCGA